GGCCGUUAGGAAAAUGGCGCCGUGCGGCCCGGGCAGACACCCGGCACUGGCCGCCGCCGCCGCCUUCCUGGCGCAGCUGCUGUGUCACGGCCACACCGGCCGGCUGUACAGCAGCCAGGAGCCGGUGAACAUUCUGGAGGCGGAUGGGGUUAAGGACCUGCUUGGGAACUGGUCGGGCGCCUGGGUGGUGGAGUUCUACUGGUCGUGGGGCGGCCCCUGUGUCAACUAUGGGGCCACCUGGAAGGUACUGGGCCCGGGAGGUGAAAGGAUGCAGAAUUUCUCUCACCAGAAAUUGUUUGCCCUGAAAAAUAUCCAGCAGGAAGAUGAUUAUGGAGCUCUCAGUAAAAAUGUCUCAUGGGUCACCCAAGAUUAGAAAUGGAACAAUAUCUCUUUUCAAAGUUACUGUUCUGUUUUCCCUUUCAAACCACCUCGAAUUUAAGGUGUUCCAUUGUAGCAUUUAAUUAUGAUCCAUUAAAAGCAGUAUC